AUGUUUCGAGCCCGUCGAUAUCGAGGCCUGCUGGCCUUCGCUGCCAUCUUUGUGUUGGCCGUCAUUCAUUUUACUUCCUCUCGAGCAGACACUUCGACCGUCUCGCUUGACAUUCCUCCGCCACACGUGGACCAACCCGACCCCGUCUCGCCCAUUCUGCCCGCCGCCGAUAAACAAAAGGAGCCGGCCGGUUCCUCACCACCUCCGUCGCAAGAGGUUCUUCCCGAUUCUCCUGUCUCCCAGCAGUCGACGGAUUCGAAUGUCUCCGACUCCGAUUCCAAGCCCGAUGCUUCCUCCCCCGACCAGCCUGCGGGCGAGAGCUCGCCCGACACGCCGGAACGCCCUCAGCCCUCCAACGAGUCGCAUAAACUCAAAGGCGGACACCUUCUCUUCCCCGGGGCCCAUGGCCAGGAUGCUCUGAAGGUAGAGCCUGCGCCGAACCCGAGACCUCACUGGAGGAAGGUUCCGGAGAAUUUCCCCAUUGCGCCCGAAGACAUGAUCAAGCUGCCGGCCGGCAGGUCCAAGACGCUUCCGAAGCUACAGGCCAAAUUCCGGGAUGAGACUUCGACCGAAAGGAUGAAGCGCAUCGAUCGACUGUCAACCAUCCGGUCUGCCUUUGAGCAUGCGUGGAGCGGAUACAAGGCAUCGGCAAUGGGCCACGACGAGCUCAAACCCCUGCGGGGUGGGUUCCGUGACACUUUCAAUGGCUGGGGAGCGACACUGGUUGACACCCUGGACACGCUAUGGAUCAUGGACUUGAAAGAGGAAUUUUCAAUUGCCGUCGACCAGGUCAAGAAGAUCGAUUUCACCACCACCAAAUCGGACCAGAUCCCGAUCUUCGAGGUGGCCAUUCGGUAUAUGGGCGGUCUGCUCGGCGCAUACGAUAUCUCCGGACAUAAGUAUGAUAUCCUUCUCGAGAAGGCGACCGAGCUGGGGGAGAUUUUGAUUGGCGCUUUCGAUACCCCGAACCGAAUGCCGAUCCUCUACUAUAACUGGGCACCAGACUACGCUGCUCAACAACACCACGCCGAUGGAAAGGCGGUCCUCGCCGAACUGGGCUCUCUCUCCGUGGAAUUGACCCGUCUAGCCCAACUGACGAAGGAUAGCAAGUACUACGACGCUAUUGCUCGGAUUACGAACGAGCUCGAGCAGUACCAGAGCAAGACGAGUAUGCCCGGUCUGUGGCCUCUUCAUGUCGAUGCCUCCGGGUGCAGAAAGAACAACAACCCGCCCCAUCCUGCCAACAGGCGCGUGGACGUUCCAACCCCCGUUCAGAAGCCGGACGCGGGCCCAACGGACGCGGAGAGCUACAAGAACCUUUUUGAAGACCACCAGAAGAGAGGGCUUCCCGAUAACGCGGAACCGGCCACAUACAAUAACCCGGUAAAAGAAUCGAAUCCUCAACCGAACAACCCGGUGAAAGAGUCGAGUCAUAGAGCGAACGGAAAGGCUAUGCCGCCUGUGACGGAGUGUACCGAAGGUCUCACCAGCCCAACAUCCGCCAUCGACAAAUACGGACUGGGCGGCCAAGCCGACUCGACAUACGAAUACCUUCCCAAGGAGUAUAUGCUCCUGGGUGGUCUCAAUGAUCAAUAUCGAACCAUGUACGAGAGCGCCAUGAAGGCGGCUCGUGAGCACAUUAUCUACCAGCCGAUGAUCAAGGACGUUCGCAACAUCCGGUUCACGGCCACCGUUGGCGUUCCUAAACCCGGGUUGGCGGGCAAGGUUUCCCAUUCCUACGAAGCAACCCACCUGGCUUGCUUUACCGGUGGCAUGGUCGGCAUUGGGGCCAAACUCUUCGGAAUCGAGGGCGAUAUGGACCUCGCCGCCAAGCUUACGGAUGGCUGUGUGUGGGCGUACGAGUCUACCAAGACCGGCAUUAUGCCCGAGCACUUCCUUGUUGUUCCCUGCGACAACGAUGGGCCAUGUGUGUGGAAUGAGACUGCGUACUGGAGGACAUUAGAUCCGUACGCGGAAAAGCGAGAGCAUGCUGCAUUGGCUGCAGCGGGCCAAAAGCAGGAAAUCGCCCGGGACAGUCAGGAUUUGACUCCUGGUAGCGAAGCAUCUGCUUCUGCGUCGGCAUCGGCAUCUGCCACAUCAGUCGCCGGUUCCCACAAGCAUCACGGCAAACGGUCCCCCGAACGCGGCAAUUGGCAUGUCAUUGCAUCGCCUACAUCGAAGCCGAAGGCCAAGUCGGCGGAUACCGAUAUUACGGACCGGGACACCAAAAAGUUGGGACUGGUUUCCCACGAGGAAUUCGUCAGCGCACGGAUUGAGAACGAGCGCCUGUUCCCCGGUGCCGUCAGCAUUCCCCGUCGCGAGUAUCUUCUCCGGCCGGAGGCGAUUGAGUCCGUCUUUGUCAUGUACCGUCUCACGGGCAACAACUACUGGCGCGAGAAGGGAUGGAAGAUGUUCGAAGCCGUCGCCAAGUAUACUCGCACCGAGCUGGCGCACAGCACCAUCAACGAUGUCACGUCCGAGGGCCCCCGGGCGCAAGACCACAUGCAGUCCUUCUGGCUCGCCGAGACGCUGAAAUACUUUUACCUGCUCUUCAGCGACCCCAGCGUCGUCAACCUUGAUGAAUAUGUAUUAAACAGCGAAGCUCACCCGUUGAAGCGACCCGAGUACUAG